UGAGGCGAAGGGAAGGCGAGAGGAGGCAGCUCUGCUCCGCCUCUUCCUGCGGCAGCCGCGCAGCUGCCGCCAUGGCGCCGAGGCGGGCGGGCGCCGCGCUCCUCUCCGCCGCCCUCCUCCUCCUCCUCCUCCCGCUGCUGGGGAGCGCGGGGCUGAGCGGCUACUUCGGCACCAAGUCCCGCUACGAGGAGGUGAACCCGCACCUGGUGAGCGACCCGCUGUCGCUGGGUCCCGCCGCGGCCGGGUCGCAGGUGCCCGCCGCUUGCGCGCCGCUGCAGCUCCGCGCCUUGCUCCGCCACGGCACCCGCUACCCGACGGCCGGGCAGAUCCGCCGCUUGGGCGACCUGCACGCCCGCCUCCUCCGCCGCCGCCCCGCCGCCGCCUGCCCCGCCGCCGCCUCCCUGGCCGCCUGGCAGAUGUGGUACGAGGAGAGCCUCGACGGGCGGCUGGCGCCGCAGGGCCGGCGCGACAUGGAGCACCUGGCCCGCCGCUUGGCCGCCCGCUUCCCCGCCCUCUUCGCCGCCCGCCGCCGCCUGGUGCUGGCCAGCAGCUCCAAGCACCGCUGCCUGCAGAGCGGGGCCGCCUUCCGCCGCGGGCUGGGGCCUUCCCUCAGCCUCGACAGCGACGAGGUGGAAGUCAAUGAUUCCUUGAUGCGGUUUUUUGAUCACUGCGCCAAGUUUGUGGCCUGGGUGGAAGAGAACGACGCGGCGAUGUGCCAGGUGGAAGCCUUCAAAGAGGGGCCGGAGAUGAGGAAGGUCUUGGAGAAGGUUGCCAGUGCCUUGUGCUUGCCGGUGGAGGAGCUAAACGCAGAUCUUGUUCAAGUGGCUUUUCUUACCUGCUCAUAUGAGUUGGCUAUAAAAAAUGUGACCUCCCCAUGGUGUUCACUCUUCAGUGAAGAAGAUGCCAAGGUACUGGAAUACCUGAAUGACCUGAAGCAAUACUGGAAGAGAGGAUAUGGCUAUGACAUCAAUAGUCGCUCUAGCUGCAUUUUAUUCCAAGAUAUCUUCCAGCAUUUGGACAAGGCAGUGGAAGAGAGCAAAAGUUCAAAACCCAUUUCUUCACCUUUGAUUGUACAAGUUGGACAUGCAGAGACACUUCAGCCACUGCUUGCCCUCAUGGGUUUCUUCAAAGAUGAUGAGCCUCUCAAGGCAAACAAUUACGUCAGACAAACGCAUCGGAAAUUCCGCAGUGGCCGGAUUGUGCCUUAUGCAGCCAACCUGGUGUUUGUGCUUUACCACUGUGACCAAGUGAAAACCUCUAAAGAAGAGUAUCAGGUGCAGAUGCUGUUGAAUGAAAAACUGAUGACAUUUCAUCACUCGAAUGAAACCAUCUCUACUUACGCGGACCUCAAGGACUAUUACAAGGACAUCCUGGAAAACUGCCACUUCAAAGAAGAGUGUGAAUUACCGAAAACUAAUGUUACUGUUAUUGAUGAACUUUGAGGGAGUGAAAUGGAGCGAGUGUUCUGCAAACUGAUCUUGGUUCUGUUCAACGGAUGUUGUGAACAAGCACUUUUGAUGAUGUGCUGCUGCUGUGUUGACUUUCUAAACUUGCAGAUUUGAUGGCCUGUCUCAGCUCAGUGCACUGUUUAUUACAUAAGCAGAAUUACAAAAACAAAUGUUGUAACAGGGAUGUUGCUGAGCAUUUAUAACAAAUAUGUGAUGCAAGAUGAAGCGUACCUGUAUGUUUAUAUGUGCAAAUAAGUAAUUUCAUUGGUCAUUCUUCUUAUGAAUGUGCCAUAGAUGGAUUUAAGAGCUGGGGCAACUUCUGUUUUAUCAGAGUUGAAAGUGGUUGGGCUGAUUUGCUUUGCGCUGCCUGUUUUGCUAGCGACUGUUUUCCUGUGGCAGGCAUGAAAUAAUUCAAACCUGUGAGCUUUUUUUUCCCUUUUCCUGAGCUUCUAGGAGGGAGAGGGUACGUAGUUCUUCUCCACAGCUGCCCAACUUCUGCCUGGACAGCACCAUGGGAACAUCUCUUUCUUGGGCAUUUAAAGCAGGGGUUGCAGUGUUGCAUGCAUUAUCUGCCUGAAAAGGGUCCAGGAGUUAAGUCUUAAAACUCAUCAUCGACCCAUCCCGCGUAGCAAGUUAGGGUAAGUAAAUUAUCUUUAAAAAAAAAAAAAAAAAAGAAAGAAAAAAGCAAGGGAGUGGGAAGUAGCCGCUCCUCCUUUAAGGUGUUCUGGGAGAUGCAGCAGUAGUUCUGUAAGUAAUCUGGUGCAUCCUUUCAUUUGACACCAUCAGUUUGGUUUGGGCUAGGGCUUUGAGAAUAGGCUCUGCUAUGGCUGUGAACAUCUUGGUCCUGUCCAGGUGCUGACAGAUAUUCUAGCAGGUCUGGUUGGAAUGGACUUCUGGAGGACUCCAGUCCAGCCUCCUGCUUGAAAUGGGAUUGUUGCUAACUCUAAAUCCAGGCAGAUUUUGGACUGUAAAAAGUAUCUGGUUGAGACUUGACUUCUGCUAGCUUUAAGGCACCAAAUGUGGCAUCACUUACGUAGGUCUUUACCUGUUUAAUGUGCCACAUUGUUCUUGAAAUGAAGAUGGUUUUAAAGAAAUUAACUGCAUACAGGUGCUGGUGAUCUUUUAAAGCAACUGCACUUUGGGUAGGGUCACUUGCUACUGAGAGUUGGAAGGUAUUUUGGAGCUCUGCAGUGUGGCAGAAAAAGGACAAAUUAAGAUAAUUGUCUGGAAAUGUUUGAAAUGCAGAAAGUCAGAUAAAAAUCCCUUCAUCACCCAGAAGGGAAUGACUGUGAACAAGUUGUCCCAAAGCCAAUGAGGGUGUGGAUUUACAGUGCUGGUAGCUCUCGAAGUGUGUACUCACACCCUGUAAUGAGCGUUGUUACAGAGCUCACCCUGUAAAGUGUGGCAUAUUUGCUGUUUCCUGGGAGGAGGUGAAAGGUUGGUGUAAGUGAUUACCACAGGGUAUCAGGUGCGCUGUAAGCAUUUAUACCCUCAUUUCCUGCAGGGUAACUUCUUGUUGUAGGCUCACCUUCAGAACUGGGAACUUAACUGCUGGGGGAAAAAAAAAAAAAAAAAAAAAAGGGGGGGGGAGAGAGAAUACCAAAGUGGCUUAAAGUUGCAAAGUUGGUGUAUUAUUUUUUUUUUAGCUUUUCUUGAGGACUUAGGCUUCUGUUACUUUUUUUUUUUUAAUAUGGCUUGUAUAAAAGCACUUAAGCUUUACAUAUUUGGAAGUUAAGGAGCAAUCGAAAACCUGUUUUUUACUGUUGUACUGAGUUAAGGUUUUCUUGCUACGUUGGGACGUAGGGCCCUCUUUCAUCAGUGCACUGAUUUCUGUGGAGACCAAGGUUCUGAUUGCUGAAGAUACUGAUUAAAACUGGUGGAUAUUUCAGCAUUAACAUCAUGGUCAAAUACUUACCAGUGUUAGCUCUGCAGCUCUUUUUCUGGAACUGGUGAAAUGGUUAGGGAGGAGUAUAGAUGCUGAAACAAAACUAUAGGUCAGGAUAAUUGUCAGCCUCAGCGUGAGACUUUUACUGCUCUAUCUGUUUUGCAUGUGUCCUUUUUUACAUGGUCCUACCUUGAGACUAAGUCAGCUGAUCAUAAUUACUGUGACAGAUGCCUGUUAGGAACUUUAUUGGAAUAUUUGAGGCAAGCUACAAAGAAAUGAACCUUUGUUUAAAGGCAAUUAAGUUUGGUAAGUAGCAGAUACAAGGAUGAGAAAAUCCACCUUUGAACAAAUAUUUUUUCUGUGAGUCAGUCAUCCUGUGGUGAUUCAUGAUUUGAACAGGAGGGAUGAAAGCCUCACUGUUGGAGAUGAGUGGAGGAUUUCUGUUUGUCAGUUCAGUGAGGCUGAUUUUAAGACAUCAUGUUUGUUAAAAGAUACAUCCUGCUUCCUUAUGGAGGAGAAAUAUGUUGCACUUGACUGCUUUUUUUGAUCAUGUGCCAGAGGAAGUGGAGGAACCAAAAAAAUUCCUUUUACAGUGAAGCAUCAUUUGGUUCUGCAUUACCAAGUUGACUGUAUGCUUAUAUUCUGUGCAAAGGGCUUCAAAGAUGACUCUUCAGAGGCUGGUGGCUAUUUUGCCUGGGAGUACAGGUCUAUCAUACCUCCAGCAUAACAAGUCUAUCUUCACUGGCUGUCAACAAUUAACUGAAAAGGAAAAUGUGCUGUUUGGUUUCUGAUCUGUUAUUCAAAGGAUGUGCUGACUCACUCCUUUUGCAGAAUUAGAGUCUGAAUGUGGAAACUUUGCACAGUUGUAGCAAUAGAAGUGUUUGGAUGUGUAGAUGUUCUAGACACUUGUUCAUGUGACUGAUUCCUACUGUUAAGGAGGUGACUUCAGUAGACCCUUCUAUUGAGCAAAUAUAUGAAUUUGUUUAUGUACUGAAAACUAAAAUGGAUCAAAUUAUUUCCAUAAAGUUGGGCACUAGCUUAGUGAUCAGUGUUUGAACAGGCUGCCAUAUCUCAUGGCAUUGCAGAUUAUACCACAUCCUGAGAAAAUUCUUCAAGAAAACCUUGAUGUGGUUCUGGACAAAACACCUCAUCUCAGUCAUCUGUUGAGGACUUUGUUUGCAACCUUUCUCAAACUGGAAGCUUUCAUUGAUGGAAAAUACUGACAGUGCUCUUGGAUGCUGGCCUUAAAAUAUGUUUGAAAUGUAUUUUAUUUUGUUAAAUGUCUAAAGCUUAAGUAUUUUUUCUGGAAAAUUCAUUUUUUCCUCGUAGUAAGUACUGCUGCUGUAAUUCUGGUUAGCAUCAAGCACUCAAAUUGCUGGAUGCACUGUGAAUUUGUAAUAAUGUGCUACUAACUGGAUGAAUUUUGAGAACUUGUUUUAGAUUUGUAGUGCUGUGAAAUAAAGCUGCACACCUUCGUCUCUGUUUUAUGAGCAGUAAUCAUGACACAA